GCCGCCGACUCCCAGCGCGUUGCGCAUGCCACGACUUUGACAAGUGCGUGCGGCUCCAUUCAAUCGGCUCACACCUAAUGGACUCUAAGGACGACGAUGGAGUUCUCCUGGCGGAGCGUCUUCUUCACCGUGAUCAUCAUUACGGACAGAAUCCGGCCCUCACACUCCUUUAAUGUCGGCACCGCAGGCGCCAAGAUUUUCAGCGGGCUGGCGGAGGAGGAGUUUGGCUACGCGGUCCAACAAGCGACAAACCACCAAGGCAAAUGGCUCCUGGUCAGCGCCCCGUGGAGUGGUUUCAGCCGAAACAGGAAGGGGAAUGUUUACAAGUGUCAAGUCUCGGGCUCCAGAAACAGCUGUGACAAGCUCGACCUUCAAGAUUCCGUUAGUAUCCCCGAUGUUAAAAACGUCAACGACGAGAUGUGCCUGGGUUUGACUCUGACCCGGAUGCCUGCAGUCAAUGGUUUGAUGAUGUGCGGCCCUCUUUGGGGACAACGCUGUGGCGAUCAGAUCUUCUACCCAGGAAUAUGUGCAAGACUGAGCCCCCUCUUUCAACCUCAACCCGCCUUCUCUCCUGCCAUCCAGUCAUGCGGAGGGCCGAUGGACAUCGUGAUAGUUUUGGACGGAUCCAACAGCAUUUACCCGUGGGCUCCAAUGAACGAGUUCCUCCGGAAAUUGAUACCUGCACUCGACAUCGGGCCCAAAAGCACACAGGUCAGCGUCAUUCAGUACGGCGUCGAGUCCAAGUUUGAACUCAAACUCAACGAGUUUAAAACCAAAGAUGAGGUUUUGGCUGCGGUGUCCAGAAUCACACAAAUGUACGGUUCUUCUACCAACACCUUCCACGCCAUCCAAUACGCCAGUCAGUGGGGUUUCCAUGAAAGCAACGGCGGUCGACCAGGCGCCGCCAAGGUGAUGGUGGUCGUCACCGAUGGGGAGUCUCACGACAGGUCUUUCAGAGAAAAUGUCCUUGCCGAGUGCGAGAAGCAAGGCAUCACCCGCUUUGGUAUCGCUGUCCUGGGUUAUUACACCAGAAACAACAUCAACACAGACAACCUGAUAGAAGAAAUCAAGUCCAUCGCCAGCAUACCCAAAGAGAAGUACUUCUUCAAUGUGUCGGAAGAGGCGGCCCUCUCCACCAUCACGGGAGCACUGGGGAGCCGAAUCUUCAACAUAGAAGGCACCGGGAAAGGGGGCGACAACUUCGAGAUGGAGAUGUCCCAGGUCGGAUUCAGCGCUCACUACGCCAGCCAACAGGAUGUGAUGAUGCUGGGAGCAGUGGGGGCCUAUGCUUGGAGCGGGACUGUCGUCCAUCAAAAGGGGUCGAAAGCGGACGUUCUCCCCUUCUCGGCCUUUGAGGGAACGCUACAAGACAGAAACCACAGCUCAUUACUGGGUUAUUCUGUCACCACACUGAGCGACAGGCUCACAGAAUACUUUGUGGCCGGCGCACCUCGCUCCAACCACUCCGGACAAGUUAUCGUCUACACCGUCAACGCCCAGAAGCAACCUGCCAUCAUCGACUCAGAGAGAGGGAAACAGAUUGGGUCGUACUUUGGAAGCGUCCUGUGCCCCCUGGACGUGGACAGAGACGGGGUGACGGACCUCCUGCUGGUUGGUGCGCCCAUGUUCAUGAGCGAUCUGAAGAGAGAGGAAGGCAGGGUCUACCUCUUCUCUGUCACCAAGGGUAUACUGAACGAGCAAGGAUUCCUCAGUGGUCCGCCCCCGACUGAGAACGCGCGCUUUGGGAUGGCCAUCUCUGCCGUUCCGGACCUGGACCUGGACGGUUACAAUGACGUUGUGGUUGGAGCUCCGCUAGAGGACGACGGGAAAGGCGUCAUCUACAUCUACAACGGGGAGAAGAAGGCAUUAAACAAACAGUUCUCACAGAGAAUCCUUGGCUCCAAACUGGAUCCUCAGAUGCAGUAUUUUGGAAGGUCCCUAGAUAGCUACAAAGAUCUGAAUGAUGAUACGAUCCCUGACAUCUCCAUUGGCGCAUAUGGCAAAGUGGUGCAACUCUGGUCCAGAGGAGUGGCGUCCGUCUCGGCUAAAGCUUCUUUCAACCCCAAUAAAAUCAACAUUUUCAACAAACCCUGCGACCUUAAUGGACGCAAGCUUACGUGUUUCAACACCAACCUCUGCUUCAGAGCUGCGUUCAGGCCUAAGGAGCCCGUGGGACCCAUUGAUAUAUCCUACACUCUGACUCUGGACGCUGACCUGCAGGCUUCACGAGUGACGUCAAGAGGACUGUUCACGAAGAACAAUGAACGCCUCCUCACAGAAAAAGCAAAAAUAUCCUCUGCGCCCCUGUGUCUGGACUACCAGGUUUAUGUUCAGGAGGCGCCAGACUUUGUCAAUUCCCUCAGUCUGAAAGUAGAGAUUGAGCAGCAGAAUGCAGAUGUGAACCCCGUCCUCGAUAUGUCGUCUCCAAGUGCCUGGGAGUUCUUUGUCCCAUUCACAAAAGACUGCGGCUCUGACGAAGUGUGUGUCAGUGAUCUGGUGCUGAGUGUGAAGACGGACACGAAAGCUUCCAGCUCAGCUCCCGUCCUGGUCAGCGCCAACAACCAGGAGCUGUCGUUCAAUGUCGUCGUGAAGAACAGGAAGGAGAACGCGUACAACACUCAGGUCUUGGCGACAUACUCGGGCAACCUCUUCUACUCCUCUGUCUUCCCUCCCACGGACGGAGUCAAAUGCACCGCAACGCAAACGCAGACCGUCACCUGCCAAGUGGGAUACCCGGCAUUAAAAACAGACCAAGAGGUGAAAUUUCGGAUGAAUUUCGAUUACAAUCUUGAACAGUUGCAAAACCGAGCCGAGGUGAAGUUUGAGGCCAAGAGUGAUGGUAAAGAGGAAAGACCUGCAGACAACACGGUGGACAUGUCCAUUCCUGUGCGAUAUGAUGCGGGCAUUGUUUUAUCGAGGCAGUCCAACAUCAAUUUCUACGUGGCAGAUGCCGCCGUUCCCGUGGUAACAACGGUGAAAAGCCUCGAUGACAUCGGCCCAGAGUUCAACUUCACUGUGAAGGUUUCAACAAGUAACUUCCCUGUCAGCCUCCUGUAUCUGACCAUCGCUCUGCCGGUGACCACGAAAGGUGGAAAUCCGCUCCUCUAUGUCACCGGUGUGGACACGCAAGCAGGCGGAGCCGUCAGCUGUGACUCCAGCGGCCUGGUGGAUCCUCUGAAGAUCGGCGUGAAGAGCCACACCGCGUCCUUCUCCGAGGAGAGUCUGAGAGGCACGGAGAAGCUGGACUGCAAGAGCGCAGAAUGCAAGUACAUCAAAUGCAUCCUCAAGGACACGGAAACUAAAAGCGAGUACUUCGUGAAGGUCAAAACGAGGAUCUGGAGUGGCACGUUUAUCUCGGCCGCCUAUCAGACCAUUGAGCUGACCUCCGAUGUCGACGUCGAGACCCCGAACCCCGAUCUGCUCGUCAUCGGCCUCAAGCGGCUGCCGGUGGUGGUGACGAUCAGCAAACCCGGAGAGAAAGCCGACGUUCCAGUGGGAGUGAUCGUCGGCAGCGCGAUCGCCGGACUGCUGCUGCUGGCUCUGGCCGUUGGGCUGCUGUGGAAGUUCGGGUUUUUCAAAAGAAAGUACCAGCAGCUUCAGAUGGAGGCCGAUGAAGACGAGCAGAGCCACCCGCAUGUAGACGAGGUGCUGUGAGCUGAGGAGACCCCCCCCCCCCCCCCUACACACACACACACACACACACACACAGCCUUCUCUCCUCACUGGAUCGUAACCAGUGAGGAACACUGGCAACACGUCACUGCUUCUGCAAACGGACUGCGGCUCAAUCACUGGACGUCGGGCUGAUUAAAUGGAGGCUUUUCAGUUUGUGGAUAACUAGCAUUUGGACCUCUGUCCAAGGGUUCCAUUUGUUUGUUACAGGGGAUUAUUAUUACUUUGUUUUGUUUGUUUAGCUUUGUGGACUGUACAUUGACUGGUUGCUGUUCUGCACUGACUUUGUAAGAACUGUAUUUUUUUCGCGGAUGAAGUUUAGUUUUACACUGUAAAGGCAUCUAAUUUACCCAGUGCCUUUUGCUCUGAACACUUCAGGGCAACAUGGUUGAGAAAUAGCAUUUUUUUUUUUUUUAUAAUGCAAAUGCGUAGCACAAACUGCUUUGCUGUCUCUUCUGGCACUCGGGGCUUUUUCUUGCCGAAACAAUAGCUAUCCUGUGACGAGUGAAAUCUGUCGCUGUGUUUGUACUGUACAUUCUGUAAGAUAAAAUGAUUAUCGUUCAUAUUGGGUUUUAUAAUAUGAAAAAAUUAGAGGCAAUAUGGGUCAAUGGAA